AGUUCCGGUUGAGAAGAAAUCUCAAAUUUCUCCACGAGAAACGUUGAAAAAAACCCAUUUUCUCCCAUAAAAGAGAAUGUCAGCGCCAAGAAUGCUAAAGUUUCGCUUCCAGCCAACUCCUAGGAAGCUCAAAGCUACAUUGGGGCCGGGGUCAGGACCCGAGGGGCGAAUAAUGAGGCUCAGACAGGUGGUGACCGCGAUGGUCAGGUUUGAGAGGUUGGAAAUGUCCUAUCCAAGGGCGGACGAGGCGAGAGGUUACGUUGAGAGGCUUAUUCAUGAUGCCAUCAAGAAUGGAGAUCGACACAAAGCGACAAUGGAUAUGGCAGAUUUUUGGCUUCUGGAAAAGGAUCUCAUCCACAAAUUGUUCAAAGUGUUAGUGCCCAGAUAUCAUAAUUCAUCCUCGGCCUUUACCAGUAUAUACAAAUUACCAGCAAAAUACCCUGGUGGCAUGAUUGAUUGCGGUUUAUUAGAAUUAAAAGGAAAUCCAUGGCCACCCGUCCGACCCCAGCAGCGAAAUCUCAAAAAUAGCCUGGUGAAUGUCCUCCUGCAGGAGGCAGCGAAGGAAUAUAAACCUACGCUUGCUACGAGCGGCAAAGACGUUCUUUCGGAUGAGAAAGCAGAGAGUAUUUUAAAGGACAUGGCAGAUUUAAAAAUAGGGGAAACGGGGGAGGGUACACAAGUGUGAUAAUGACUGGCCAGACUGCAUGUUUAAAUGUGGGGUUCACGAUAACUUGAAUUGAGAUCGCCAGGUUUUCAAGUAUCGAAAAGCUUUGUUUCAGUCUCGGGAUACUAUCAAAAGUGUAUUGCUUGUUGAUGGUGUUGUUGAGCUUAAGAAUGCUGCCAUCUGAGGUAGAAUGAAGUCAGUUGCCUCGACAAAAAUGGUAAUGAUGAUAAAUUGGGUGCUGAUCUGCUCACUGAUGUUUGGUCAUUAGCAGAACCCCUCUGGAUGGUAAGAAGAAGGAUUCAAGUGAAACAAUUUCGAUUUGGAGUUCAGCCUUGAAAAGAGGGGUCAUGGGAGUAAUUGACCCUGGAGCGGUGUACAUCAGGGUCGUCCUCUAUCUGGACUGGGUGUGUGCAUCAGGGUCGUCCUCUAUCUGGACUGGGUGUGUGCAUCAGAUGGUGCAAAUGAGGAUGUUUUUCAAUAAAGAUUUCAGACAAUAAA